UGUCGUUAGUCGUUACUCGUUACUCGCACAGCAAGUAAUAGAAUAGUUACUAAAUUCUACCUAAGUACCUAGGUACUUACUAGUACUACUACGUUGUGAGUUGUGACCACAGGUGACAGGACAAAGGCACAGAGCAAGUAGGUAAUAAAGGACACAGUUACAGGUUUAUCCAAGCAAAAUGUUCACAGACAAAGUUGUACUCAUAACUGGAGCCAGUUCUGGAAUUGGAGCUGAGACGGCGAUAGAAUUCUCAAAACUUGGAGCAAAAGUGGUUAUAACUGGGCGGAACAAGGCGAAACUGGACGAAGUGGCCAAACUAUGUCAAGAAAUAUCACCACAGAAACUAGAACCCCUUAUUAUUAUUGCAGAUAUGAACAAGGAAAGUGAUGUAGAAAAUAUUUUAACCCAAACAAUUUCUAAAUUUACCAAGUUAGAUGUUCUUGUCAACAAUGCCGGUGUAUUAGAAUCUGGGACCAUUGAAUCUACAUCGUUAGAUCAAUAUGACAGAGUCAUGAACACUAAUGUCCGUUCGCCGUACCACUUGACGAUGUUAGCAACCCCACAUCUCAUUAAAAGUAAAGGGAAUAUUGUGAAUGUGUCUAGUGUAACAGGGAUGAGGUCUUUCCCAAAUGUAUUGGCAUACUGUAUGUCCAAAUCAGCAUUGGAUCAGUUCACAAGAUGUGUUGCUUUAGAAUUAGGACAGAAGGGUGUCCGAGUUAAUGCAGUGAAUCCUGGUGUAAUAACCACAGGGCUACAUAAGAAAGGAGGAAUGAAUGAAACAGAAUAUGCAGCCUUUCUUAAGAAGUGUGCGGAAACUCAUGCUUUAGGAAGAGCAGGUGAUACAAAAGAAGUGUCAUCAGUAAUUGCAUUUUUGGCUAGUGAUGCUGCAAGUAAUAUCACUGGAGCUACUCUUCCAGUAGAUGGAGGACGCCAUGCAAUGUGCCCACGAUAAUGUGAUUUUCUAAAUGUUAAAUUUUAAGCAUAUUUUAUUUUUAUAUAUGUAUAUAACGUGGAAUUUAUUAAAACUAUAUAGAAAGUU